GCGCAGCCGAGCCUGGGAUUAAACAGAUCUGCAGCGACCCACAUAUGCUGUCAGCUCCGAUGUAGACCCGGAACACGCGGAAAAACAAAUAAACACCAACAAUAAUUAACAAAAACAACAGCAGCAGCAGCAGCGGAGGAUGAACGCCGCGGCCGCCGCCGGCUGCGCGCUGGUGGCCGCGCUGGGCUGCCUGCUGUACGGCAGCGACCUGCGGGACCUGCGGGAGGACCUGCGGGACCUCCGGGUGGACCUGCAGGACCUGCUGCUGACCCCGCUUCUGCUCCGGUUCUCUCUUGCAGACCAGCCCCCCAUGCCCGAGCCGGGAGCCGCGGGAGCCGCUCCGCGGAGGAGCCCGCAGGGAGUCCCCUACUCCGAGCUGCCGCACGUCGUCAACGCCGACGGACUGCACCUGUUCUGCCGCUACUGGGAGCCGGCCGGCCCGCCAAGGGCUCUGGUGUUUAUUGCUCACGGAGCUGGGGAGCAUUGUGGGCCGUACGAUGAGAUUGCACAGAGACUGAAGGAACAGUCUCUGCUGGUGUUUGCACAUGACCAUGUUGGUCAUGGUCGGAGCGAAGGGGACAGGAUGAACAUCAAGGACUUUCAGGUUUACAUCAGGGAUUCUCUGCAGCACAUCGACCUGAUGAAGUCCCGCCACCCCGACCUUCCCAUCUUCAUCGUGGGCCACUCCAUGGGUGGUGCUAUCUCUAUCCUGACAGCCUGUGAAAGACCCAGUGACUUUGCUGGAGUGGCUCUGAUAGCUCCAUUGAUCCAGAUGAAUCCAGAGUCGGCCACACCGUUCAAGGUUUUCAUGGCCAAGCUUCUCAACUACAUGCUGCCCAGCCUGACUCUGGGCACCAUCGAGUCCAAAUGGGUCUCACGGGACCAAAAACAGGUGGAAGGGUACGACUCUGACGAGCUGAACUACCACGGCAGGUUACGAGUGUCAUUCGGCGUGCAGCUGAUGGGGGCGACGGCGCGUAUCGACAAGGAGAUCCCCUCCAUCAGUUGGCCUUUCUUGCUCCUCCACGGUGACGAUGACAAGCUCUGUGACAUCCGGGGCUCCAGGACCAUGUACGAGAACGCUGCCAGUUCAGACAAGAAACUCAAGGUCUACGAAGGAGGCUACCAUGCCCUCCACCAUGACCUCCCUGAGGUGGCUGAGUCCGUGCUGAAGGACGUGACCGGCUGGAUAACAGAACGACUUCCGGCCACCCCGCAGCAGCAAGGCUCGUAGAUGUGUAACAUGCAAAAUUCAGUCAGCGCUCCAAGGACAUUACCAACCUUGACAUAACAGGCCUACUUACUUUCCUGUUGCCUGUGAGGCAUUCACGUACUCCUGCACUCAAUCCUUCGGGCAUCAACUGUACAAAAAAAAGAAGACUCGUUCUGUGCAACUUUCAAUCAGACCACUGAUUUAAAUUUGAACUCAUGAACUCGUGAAUCAGGGAUGUUCCUCAAUUUUCCAGCCAUCCAUUCCUUGUGCAGGUCAAGUUUUAUUAAGACAAAAUGUGCCAGGGUUUUAAAAGAAAAAAUUACGUUUUGACUUGGUCUUUAAAGUACUAAGAACAAAACGUAACACACUUGUUACUGAUCUCCAAACGAGCAUUUCCUUUUGUUCCGCCACCGUUGACAAAGAGGUCAGAGGUCAGGGUCAGCUAGAGGAGAGCGUGUCUGGCGCUGCUGACGCAACAACGCCGGCUGGAACGACUCAGCAGAAGCUGGCAUCUAAAACUUUUAGUAGUUUACAGUAUUUCUCAUUGACCAAGAUCGAAACCUGUCUUGCCUUGUUUUCACUCUCUAAUUGCACAGUUUCACAACUCAUAAAGAGAGAAUAUUCUACUGUUAGCACUCUUCGUAUGUAUGAGUGCAUUCGUCUCAUGACUUCCCCCCAUACGCCUCUUUUGUUUGGUCUGAAGACAGAUGGGAAGCACAGAUUCAUUAUAUGGAGAUCAGUGUAGUCCAUUUAAAUCCAGCCUAAGGAAUAGGUAAAUGUCAAGUCCUAUUGAUUGGUAUUUAGGGGUUUUUUUUUUUUUUUUUACCAUCUGUGAUUUAAGGUUUUGUUUUAUAUAAAGCAAUUUGAUCUUUUUUUUAGUUAAAUUGCUCCUAAGAGCUUAAAUUUAUUGAGCAGAUGAGCAGUGGACACAUCCAUAUCCCAUGCUUGAAAUAAGGAAAUCUAGCAAACAAGAGCUUUUUUGAUUGUCUCUGCAGGUGGGUGAGAGGCCAAGGGUCAAAUCCGCUCUGAUUUUUUUGGCCUCAGACCUUUUAAUGACACUUUUAGUGUGGCAAAUACCGUUUCUGACCACACUGGGCAGCACAUCACAGGACAUUUCAGACGUCACCCCUGACAUAAGGCUAUAGACUGUUUAAAAACAUGUGGACGAACCCCCUGAUGUCACACAUCGGGUUUCUUAAGAGAGUUUUUGAGGCCUCGUUUUUACAGCACAGCAUCAUAUUGGCAACUAUUGUCUAAGCCAAAAAUAGGCAAAUGGGCGGAACUACAAGGCCUGGAAACCGACUAAAUCACACCCAGUUUCAUGCAGUUACCACAACUUAGCUAUUUUUGCUUGGCAUAGCUCAUGAUAACCUAUGACACUGAUGAAUGCCAUUGUAUAUCAAUUCUGAUUUAAAUGCAUCCAUCCAUCCUCAUUUCAAAUGUGGCUACUAAAAUAACCUUCAAAACAAGUGUUACCGGAGCUGAAACAAUGAACUCAUACACGGAGGCCGGUCAAAAGUGGAAGCGUUGAAUUCACCUCUCUGCAUCUGCUUUUGACGAGCAGAAUGCACCCAAAUAGAGGGUUGGUAGAUCGCCUGUGAAAGACAUAGAUAAUCGCAGGCGAAGCACAGCAUGCGACACGCUUUGCAGUAUAACAAGAAUGAUUAUACUCUGUUUGACUUAAAGCUCAGAAAUCAAGCAUACCAAAGCUGCUGAGCAGACACAAUCGACUGUCACUCAAAAUGCCAUAACCCCAAUUAUGCAUACAUAUAUCACUUUAUCUGACGAUAUAUAUAUAUAU